CUGCACCAACCCCGUCGACUCCGGGGUGAGCAACUUGACCUGAGCCCCCCCACCCCCACCCCCGCCCCUCGCCGCAGCCCAUGGAGUCCGCCUUCCUCGCGCGCCCGCUCGCCCCGCCGCUCCGCGCCUCCGCCGCCCUCCCCCGCGCAUCCCGCCGCCCCACCCGCGUGGCGGUCGUCGCCGCCGCCGUGCCCGAGCGGAAGCCGCCGGGCGCGGUGGCGUCCACCACCAACUACGUCGUGCCGCUCGACGCCGCCCCGUCUGGGAUCACGCGCCCGCUCGUCGAGAUCCUCCGCGACCUCAACAAGCGCGUCCCGGACACCAUCGUGCGACCCCCGUCCCGACGCGCCUCCGCCUCCGAUCCCGUCAUCCCCUGGUACCAUGCCAACAGGAUGCUCAGCUUUUAUGCUCCAGGUUGGUGUGGAGAGGUCCGCAAUGUAAUCUACACUGACAAGGGAAAGGUGACUGUGGUAUACCGUGUGACUGUACGAGGAACAGACGGAGAGGUUUAUAGGGAGGCCGCUGGAACAGCAUCGCUGAGUGAUGCACGGUUUGACGAUCCUGUGGCCGCCGCAGAGGAAGCCGCGUUCUGCAAGGCCUGCGCAAGGUUUGGCUUCGGCCUGUAUCUGUACCACGAAGACGAGACGCCGUAGCAUUCCUCUAUUCUUGUGCUUGGCUUCUCGCCAGUGUAUCAGAUUGUGUGGUGGGGUUGUGGGGGUUGAUCAAUGUAUGAGAUUAAGCAUUGCCGAGUCAUCUCUACCCUGAUGGUGUAUGUAUCAUCCGUGCUGCACUGUAAAUAUGGAGAGGCAUAUCAAGUUGCUUGUUGUAAUCUCGGUGCAUUAAGCUUGCAAAUAUUUUCAGCUA